UGAGAAGUCUUAUACAUUUUGCAGUCCAGCUUCAGCGAAAGAAGAUGAAUAUCGUGGUGCUAUUUAUUGCGGUGGGCCUAUGCCAGGCGGUGGCUCAAACCACAAGAAAACCCGGUCUGAACGACCUGCCCGACGAUGUAUCGCUGCUCGACCUCAACACCACACACAUCGACUACUUCCUUGCCGACCAGCCCGACGUCGAGCUCUUCACCGAGUGCUUCCUCGACCUCAAGUCAUGCACUUCAAAGCCUGCACGCAGCCUCAUCAAAGAGAUUCUGAAGCUCGGGUAUCAGGGCCACUGCUCGAAGUGCAACGCGGUGGAGCAGGAGCACAUGCACGCCAUCGUGUACCACUUCAUCAAGGAGUACAGCACCAAGUACUCGUCGUACUGGCGCCGAGUGCUACCCAGACUGGGAUACCUCUUGUAUGAAUCAGAUUGAUCAACAUUUCUAUCGAGCAAAAUCAUGAACGCACGUAUGUUUAGACGUGAAAUUUAACACGAUAAUCAACGAAGAA